AUGAAGGACGAGUUUGUCAGCCCAGCCCACCUUGCGCGACAUCUGGAGGGGAGGGAGGUCGCGACCACAUUACUGCUUCUUGAUUGCCGGCCACAAGCCGCCUUCAACCAAGGUCACAUCCGGAGCGCAGUUAACACAUUCUGUCCGUCCAUCCUACGGCGCCGCGGGUCCGCCAAGGGCUAUGUACGGCUUGAAACGGUGUUGGCCCCGGACAUGAAAUGGCGGGUGCGCGCCGGGGAAUUUUCCUCUGUGAUUUUGUACGACGACGGAUCCAUGGCGCGGGAGACCUCGGACCUCACCCUGAUUCUUCAUGGACUUCAUAAACAUGCGUAUGGGUUGCAGUCUGUCACCGUCCUUAGAGGUGGUUACCCGACAUUCCGUUCCAAAUUUCCCGAACUAUGCGACAGAAGUGUUCGCACCGUGAAGCCGGUUCCAGUCGCUCAAUGCGGACAACCGUCCCCUAUACAACUAUCUCGUCCAGCCAUCGAUACGCAGCUAAUGCCGAGCGAACUCCUGUCACACUUAUACAUCGGAGAAGAAAAACACAUACUCCAUCCCGACAUCCUUCACCGGAUAGGUAUAACUGCCAUCUUGAAUGUGUCAACUUCCUGUUUGGACCAACCGCCUUCUGGUUUCCGUUAUAAGUCGAUUCCUAUUCGUGACAACUCUACCGAAAAUAUAUCAACAUGGUUCAACGAAACAUUGCAAUACAUAGAGGAUACGAGGCGAGAAGGUGGAAAAGUGUUGGUCCACUGCAAAGCGGGUGUUUCUAGGUCUGCAACGAUCUGCAUCGCCUAUCUGAUGGUCCACAGCUCUCUAUCGCUGGACAAGGCGUUCGAUUUCGUCCAGGCCAGGCGUACAAUUAUUGCCCCUAACAUGAAUUUUAUGCAACAACUCUGGGAAUUCGAGCGCGUGCUUCUUAUGACGAGCAUGCGCAGUUCCGCUCUGACGUCAUCACAUCAUGUGACUUCUCUGUCAUGCGCAUACAUGUCAGAAAUGUCGCCAUCUUUGAAAAGGAGUGCAAGCUUUGAAUUCAACGAAGAAUGCGCGUUUACACAGUAAAACGGGGUAUCAUUAACGCAGGAAAGUGUUUGGUAAUGCUUGCAAUAAAGGCGGCGCUAACCUCUCAGCGGUGUAGUCAUUGCAUAGAUUAAUUAAAAGUUAAUUUAAAGAACUGGUUUUAGCUCCUGUCUAUGCACACGCACAUAUUAACAGUAUUCAGGUGUCUGAUAUUGAAUAGAUGAAUGCACAAAUUGGAAUUUGCAUAUAUGCGAUUUCGUAUGUUAGAUAAUUCGAAAUGACGUUAGAUUGCAGAAACGGACAUGGA